AUGGCUCGUGGGAGUGGGCGUGAUAUCAACUGCUCCUGGGAAAGUUGUGGUAAGUCUUUCAAUCGCAAGUCGGACCUCCGUCGCCAUUAUCGCAUACACACCAAUGAGCGCCCCUAUCUUUGUACUGUAAAGGACUGCAAAAAAGGCUUCAUCCAGCGUAGUGCCUUAUCUGUGCAUUCGCGGACUCACACCGGGGAAAAGCCGCAUGUUUGUGACUAUAAGACCUGCCAGAAAGCUUUCUCAGACUCUUCCAGUAUGGCCCGUCAUCGAAGAAUCCAUACGGGCAUACGACCAUAUGUUUGUCAAGAACCGACUUGCGAACAGAGUUUCUGUCGCAAAAAUAGUCUCACAAAACACCAAAACCGCUCCCAUCCGCCGGGGACCUUGCUUCGACCAUCCUCGGAAGACCUGACUUCGAAGCACUCGUAUCAGCACCAGCCUCCAGUGACCGUCUCCAUCCCAAGUCCGAACGAGCAGUGCCUUGUCGCUCAGCAGCCCUACUACCCGAGUUCCGCCACGCCAAGCGAUGAUUUCUACUCUCCACAGAUGGGCUCCGUGCCAGUACACGAGGGCAGGCCUCCGAUCGUGACGCAGAACUUCCCCGUCACAUCCGCGAUGAACAUUCCACAUGCUCCGCAGCCGCCCACGCCACAGCAAUACCCACGGAUGCACCCGUACCCGCAAUAUUUGCAGAUGAUGCAGCAGCGCUACGGCGUCAAUCCGCCCUCAAAAUAUCUGCAGCCCGAACAGCUGUCUUUCCAGAGCCAGCAGCUGCUAGAAGGACAGCCCCUGAUGGUGGGAUACCAUUCUAAUUUCCAGUACCAACUCCCAAACCGGACUGUGAACCAGCCGGAGGGGACUGAGUGGGCCUUUCUGGGCGUAGGCUAA